CAACCUCAUCUUCAAAGUAAAAGAGAAAACAAGUCCAUAUAUGUUUUCUGCUUGGAAAACUGAAGCUAAUUAAAUUAUGGCUAUCUUAUGUGGUGGAAGCUCCAAUUUGAUGGCACCAACUCAAGCACUACCAGCUCCUAAAUUCAAUUGGGCAAUACAUAAAAGCUGCACUGAAACUAAAUCAACAAGUUUCAUACUAUUUGCUGCAAAAUCUGAUGGAUUCUCCCUCAAUUCUAUUUUAAAAGGAUGUAAAACAUGUGGAGGCAAAGGUGCAGUAGAAUGUGCAGGAUGCAAGGGUUCGGGAAAAAAUAAAAAGAACGGAAAUAUAUUUGAGCGAUGGAAAUGUUUUGACUGUCAAGGAUUUGGGCUCAAGAGCUGUCCAAACUGUGGUAAAGGAGGACUCACACCAGAGCAAAGAGGAGAAAGAUAAUUACAUCUAAUACUUCUCUAUGCUAAGAUCAUAAUAGAUUAUGAAUUCGACCAUUCAUUUCUGUGAAAUUCCAAUUUUCAAACAAAUUCAAGUUACAAAAUGAUAUAAUGUACGUACAAGAAGGAUUUCUAAAUUCAAUUCGUCCUCCUAUAAA